UCACCAUUACAUAUGCACGUUACAAGAAUAAUGAAAGCUGACAAUUACACAAUACUAUAAUUAUUCAACUCUUUUCGAUCCCCUUCUCAAAAUUAAUUAAUUAAUAUAAUCUCUUCACACUCACCUCCCCACACAUACACAUUUCCUAUUAUAAGGCUCCUUCCACCACCUCUUCACCUCUAACUCUCAACAUGGCCAACACACCUUUGUCUUUUAUGAUCCUAUGCUUAACGAUAUCGUCCUUGGCCUACACUGCUCUUUCCGUUCCCGACUGGCCUGCAGGGAGGUCAACCAGGUUCUAUGAUUUCAAGCUUCAUACCAUGACUGUUAAAAAACUGUGCAACACCAAGAAAAUUGUUGCCGUCAAUAACAUGUCCCCUGGACCUGUUGUUUAUGCCCAACAAGGCGAUCGAGUAAUUGUCAGAGUUACCAACGAGUCCCCUUACAAUGCCACCAUCCACUGGCACGGUGUCCGGCAGAUACUAUCCUGCUGGUUCGAUGGACCUUCAUAUAUUACCCAAUGUCCAAUUCAACCUGGCCAGAGCUUCACCUACGAGUUCACAUUGGUUAGGCAAAAGGGCACCUUCUUUUGGCAUGCUCAUGUUUCUUGGCUAAGAGCCACUGUUUAUGGUGCCCUUGUUGUAUAUCCAAAAACUGGGGUCCCAUACCCAUUCCCCUACCCUUUUGAAGAGCAUAUAGUAAUUCUAGGGGAGUAUUGGCUCCAGGAUGUUGUAAAACUAGAGCGGCAAGUACUAGCAAGCGGGGGAGGUCCUCCACCGUCCGAUGCCUACACCAUCAAUGGUCACCCUGGCCCUAACUACAAUUGCUCUGCUAAUGAUGUAUAUGAGAUCGAAGUGGUGCCAGGGAAGACCUAUUUGUUAAGACUGAUAAACGCAGGCUUAAACACGGAAAAUUUCUUUACCAUUGCUAAUCACAAAUUAACAAUUGUAGAAGCCGAUGCUGAGUACACAAAGCCAUUCACUACAGAUCGCGUAAUGCUUGGACCAGGACAGACAAUGAUCGUCCUUGUUACCGCCGAUCAGCCCAUCGCCAAAUACUCUAUGGCCAUGGGACCUUACAUGUCUGCUCAGGGUAUCCCAUUCCAAAACAUAUCUGCAAUUGCUAAUUUCCAAUACUUAGGCGCUGUUCCUGAUAGAAUCUCAAUACCAGCCAGAUUACCCAGCUUUAAUGACAAUUUAGCUGUUAAAACGGUGAUGGAUGGCCUACGAAGUUUAAAAACUUCGAAGGUUCCCAGAGAGAUCGACACUAACCUCUUUGUCACUAUAGGAAUAAAUGUCAACAAGUGUAGGUCCAAAAAACCACAAAAAAAUUGCCAGGGGAUUAACAAUGGUACUAUGGCAGCUUCCAUGAACAAUAUAAGUUUCAUUAAACCUACAGUUUCAGUUUUGGAAGCCUAUUACAAGGGGAAUGAAGGCUUUUUCACAGAUGAUUUCCCUGGGGCACCUCUUAGAUUCUACGACUUCGUCAAUGGGGCACCUAACGAUGCCCCAAUUGACACGAACUCCAUGAAAGGGACUAGGACUAAGGUCGUCGAGUACGGCAGCAGGGUACAAAUAAUUUUGCAGGAUACAGGAACAAUCUCAACUGAGAAUCACCCAAUUCACCUCCAUGGCUAUAGCUUCUACGUUGUGGGAUAUGGCACCGGCAACUAUGACCCCCAAACAGCAAAUUUCAAUCUAGUGGAUCCGCCAUAUAUGAACACCAUUGGAGUUCCUGUUGGGGGAUGGGCAGCAAUUCGCUUUGUAGCAGAUAAUCCAGGGGUUUGGUUCAUGCAUUGCCACAUUGAUGUGCACCAAUCAUGGGGUUUGGGCACGGUGCUGAUAGUGAAGAAUGGGAAUGGACACUUGGAGACUCUGCCACACCCUCCUGCAGAUCUGCCCCGGUGCUAGGGCCGUUUGAUUUUUCAUUUUCAAUAAAUGUUAGUGAUCUGAGUCGAGGAUUUUUUAGACGCAAGUGUGAAAAUUUGAACUGCUAAUACUAAUCAGAUCUGCAUAUUGUGGUGAAAAGAAGAAAAUUUGAAAUAUAAUAACAAUGAAUAUUUCCCUUCA